AUGAGCCAAGGGCUCCCAGAUCCAACCACCGACCUCCGGUGGGGAGACUUCGUUGGAGCGAUUCAUGAAAUAUUUGCCUCCAAUGCGCAAAAAUUCCCAGAAAGAGAAUGUGUCAUAGAGACCCGGAGCUCGCAGUCCCCCGCGCGCUCUUUCAACUAUCGCCAGAUCAACGAGAGUGCCAAUCAGCUGGCCCACCACUUCCUGAGCCAUGGAUGUCAAGUUGGGGAUGUCGUCAUGAUCUAUGCUUUCCGAGGCGUUGAGCUGGUUGUGGCCUACAUGGGCGCGCUCAAGGCCGGCGCAACGGUCAGUGUCAUUGACCCUCAGUACCCUCCAGAGCGCCAAAAGGUCAUCUUGGAUGUUGGCAAGCCCAAGUUCCUCGUCUGUAUCCAGAAGGCCAACGACAACUUCGGCCCCCCAUCCGAGUUGGUCAUGGAAUAUGUCUCUAGCAGCUUGAGUCUCAAGUCCAGCGUCCCUGCCCUCGCCUUAUCCAACGACGGGCAGCUCACGGGCGGCAUUGUCAACGGCAGCGACUGUCUUGCUGGCUUUGGUCACGACGACCCCGCCAAUGUCGUCGUCGGACCAGAUUCUAUCCCGACGCUCAGUUAUACCAGUGGUACUCAAGGAAGACCUAAGGGCGUUCAAGGACGACACUUCUCGCUGACCCAUUUCUUUCCCUGGAUGGCCGACAAGUUUGGCCUCUCAGCCGACGACAGGUUUACUAUGCUUUCCGGUAUUGCGCAUGACCCAAUUCAGCGUGACAUCUUCACUCCGCUGUUCUUAGGUGCAAAGAUAAUUUGCCCCCCCGCCGAGGCAAUCGCAUACGAGCUUCUCGCCGAAUGGAUGAAAGAAAACUCCGUCACCGUAACCCAUCUGACGCCAGCCAUGGGUCAGAUCCUUGUCGGAGGCGCUAUGGCUCGCAUCCCUUCUCUUCGCAACGCGUUCUUCGUGGGUGACAUCUUGACCAAAAAGGACACCAGCAAGCUGCGCGAGCUCGCGCCCAACACCACAGUCAUCAAUCUUUACGGCUCGACAGAAACCCAGCGUGCGGUGUCAUUCUUCGAGAUCCCCAGCAAGACCCUCCAGCCCGAGUUUCUCGAGGACCUGCCUGACAUCAUUCCGGUCGGCGAGGGAAUGCAAAACGUUCAGGUUUUGGUUGUCGACCGCGAAGACAAGUCCCGGCUUUGUGAGAUUGGAGAGCAGGGUGAAAUAUUCAUCAGGAGCUGCGGACUUUCCGAAGGCUAUUUAGGAGACGACGAGACCACGGUGGAAUUGAACCGAUCCAAGUUUCUGACCAAUUGGUUUGUGGAACCCGCUGUAUGGAGGGAAAAGUAUGGCGAGGCCGGUAUCUCUAGUGUGAACAAGGGCCCGCGCGAUCGUCUUUAUCGAACGGGCGAUCUAGGUCGACGUCGCCCGGAGGGGGGCGUUGAGUGCACAGGACGCAUUGACUCGCAAGUCAAAAUUCGCGGUUUCCGAAUCGAACUGGGCGAGAUUGACGCCCAUCUCUCGCGCCACCCGUAUGUGCGUGAGAAUGUCACCCUUGUCCGAAGAGACAAGAACGAGGAGCACACUCUGGUGACGUACUUUGUCCCCGAGACCAAGCGUUGGUUCGAAAGUCUCGACCAUCAGGAACAUGACCACCAUGAGAUGAGUCUAGACGAGUCGCUUGGCCAAAUGAUUCGACGUUUCCGGUCACUUUCCGAGGACUGCAAGAAGUUCCUCGCGGCUAAGAUCCCGUCAUAUGCUGUCCCGAGCCUCUUCAUCCCGCUGGCUCGAAUGCCCUUGAAUCCCAACGGCAAAGUGGACAAACCCGCCCUCCCCUUCCCAGACGAGACCGAUCUGGCGGCCUUGGCCAAGAGGAGGGCCUCCUCUCUCUCCGUUAACAUGACGGAGACACAGACUCGGCUGGCGUCGAUCUGGGCAUCUGUGCUUCCCAACACAUCCGCUCGGCUGCUCAGACCUUCGUCCAACUUCUUCGACGAGGGCGGCCACUCCAUCCUGGCCCAGCAGAUGUUUUUCAAGGUCACCAAAGAAUGGAAGCACAUUGACCUGCCAAUCAGAGUCCUCUUCCAGUCGCAGACCCUCGAGGCGCUCGCUGCCGAGAUUGACCGUGCUCAGGAUCCUAUCGGUUUACGUCUUGACGCCAUGCCUCUUCCUGGAGAUGGGCAUGUCGAGGACGAGGCCUACGCCGUCGACGCGCGAGAGCUCGUGAACCAGCUCCCCCAGUCCAUGCCCGCCGCAGCCGCAGAUUGGGAUUACUCUUCUUCUCCGACUGUCCUCCUAACCGGCGCGACUGGCUUCCUUGGCUCGUACAUUGUCCACGAGCUGCUCGAGGGUCCCACUAAGGCAAAGGUCAUCGCACUCGUGAGAGCCAAGGACGCGCAGGCAGGCCUGGCGCGUCUCGAGGCAGUCAUCAAGGCUUACGGCCUCUGGUCGCCAUCCUGGCUGUCGUCAUCCAGGCUCGAGGUGAUCGUGGGCGACAUUGGCAAGCCGCAGCUCGGUCUCGCCAGGGACGUCCUGGAGCGUCUCUGCAACGAGGUCGAUGUCGUGAUCCACAACGGGGCCCAGGUCAACUGGAUGCUGCCCUACUCCAGUCUCCGUGCGGCCAACGUACUCAGUACGUUGGCCUGCGUCCAGCUCUGUGCCGUGGGUAAGCCCAAGCGCUUCGCGUUUGUCAGCUCGACCUCUACUCUGGAUACUGAUUACUACGUCAACCUGUCCAACAAGGAUGGAAAGGCUGUCAUGGAGGCGGAUGAUUUAGAGGGAAGCCGAAAGGGGCUUGCGACUGGUUACGGCCAGUCCAAGUGGGCAAGCGAAUACCUGGUGCGUGAGGCCGGGCGACGAGGCCUGGUCGGCGCCGUCAUCCGCCCUGGAUACAUCACCGGCGACUCAAGAUCUGGAAUCUCCGUCACGGAUGACUUCCUUGUCCGUCUAUGGAAGGGAUCUCUGCAGGUGGGUGGGCGCCCCGACAUCAGCAACACAGUCAACGCCGUCCCGGUAACGCGGGUCAGCCGCAUCGUAGUUGCCGCCGCUUUCCACCUCUCCGGUGCUACUAAGGAGUCGCUCGCAGUGGCACAGGUCACCGGCCACCCGCGCGUGACUAUGAACGACUGGAUUGGCGCCCUCGAAAUCUAUGGAUACAACGCACCGCUCAUCCCUUACUCUGAGUGGUCUACCAAGGUGAAGAACUACGUUAAUGAUGCCGCGGAGAAGGAGGAGCAUGCCCUUUUGCCCCUGUUCCACUUCGUCGUGGGCGACUUGCCAGGGAACUCUAUCGCACCGGAGUUGGACGACGCCAAUGCGCUGGGGGCUUUGGGUCUCUACGAUGCGAAGCAAGGGGCACAGGCUGAUGCCCAAGCCUCGAGCAAUGUUAAUAUCGAUGUAUUCGGGACUUACCUGGCGUACCUCGUUACGAUCGGGUUCCUUCCUGCCCCGUCAGGGGAGAAUGGCGGCCAGCCAUUACCAAAGCUAGAUGAUGCUUUGUUACAAGCUUUGGCUGGUAGUCAAUUCGGUGGUAGAUCUGCGAGAUCAUAG